AUGGGCAACCAUAUGGGGAUGUUGGGCAAAGCGAAUGGGCGGCGGCAGGCGAUGCUCACGGAUUUGUUUGAGAAGAACGGGCUUCCGUAUACGCCAGAGCUGGCGAACAAGAUGAGCGUGAUGAGCAAGGAAGGCCUCCUCAGCGGCGAAUACGCCUGGCUAAACUACGCGACUGUUUAUCCCAAGGCCGUGAAUAUUAUGCUGAAGCUGAAGGAUCUAUACGACGAGGUGCUCUCCUCUGUGGACGUGAUCGUGAUGCCUAAAACGCUGACACCGGCGAAUCCCCUUCCCCCACCAGACGCAACCCCUGUGGCUCAAAUGGAGGCUGCAAAAGGGAUGACGGAGAAUACGGGUGCGUUCAAUGCCACAGGGCAUCCUGCGCUCGCGUUACCGAUUGGGUUCGUACCGGCCAAGACGGAUGAGAGCAUCAAGCUGUCUGCGAGUAUGCAGAUUGUCGGGAAGUGGUAUGAUGAAGCGACGAUUUUACUGGUUGCAUAUGAGUGGGAGCAAUCGGUUGAUUGGAAGACUUUUUAG